ACUGCCAUGACUUUCAGCAUCAUGUUCAACUCUGUUGGUUUCUACCACAUCUCAAAGUUCAGCAUGAUCCCAGUCGUUUGUGUGAUAUCCUUCACAGCAAGCACUACUAAAAGGAAGUUAAAAUGUCUGUUGUGGUUGUGGUUAUAGGGGUGGGCAUUUGCACUCUGACUGAUGUCAAAGUUAAUGACAAAGGUUUUAUUUGUGCCUGUGCAGCAGUUUUGUCUACAUCAUUGCAGCAAAUUUUUUUUAUACUCCUCUCAUGCUUUGGCCGUGUUCUGCAAUGUCAACCAGUACCUCUGCAUUGGAUGAUUUUCUGCGACAUCAUUCCAGGUGUUAGGUCACAUGAAAACAGUAUGCAUUCUCACUUUGGGGUGGCUGCCUUUUGAUUCUGCACUGACUUUUAAGAACAUUUUGGGAAUGAUUCUAGCCGUGGUUGGCAUGGUCAUUUAUAAUUGGGCUGUGGAGGUUGAGAAGCAGGCUAACGCCAAGGCCUUGCCAUCAAUGAAGAAUAGCCUGACAGUCACAGAGGAGGAAAUUAGACUUCUAAAGGAGGGAUUAAAAAACAUUCCAAUCAAGGAUGUUGAACUCGGUGAGUCCAGAGUUUAGGUAGAUUCAUUAAUGAAAAUACGAGGUAGUUUCUCACUUGUUUCAAUUCUUCAUAUGUUGUUUUUGUCGUUUGUGCUGGCAGGACUCCAUUUCUAUAUACGCUGACCUCCCACACAUUCAUUUUU